GUUUCGCGGCAACAUCUCUUCUCUCUCUCUCUCUGUUUCUCUCUCCUCGCCGCCUCCAUCUUUCUCUCUCUGGAAAAAUCCCUUGCUCACUCUUUUCUGUUUCUCUCUCUAGAAAAUCUGUCUCCGUCUCUCUGAUGGUUCAAUUUGGAUUCGCAUAAACCCUACCGGCGAGUAAGUGCGUCUCCGAUCUGGUUAUGGUUUUAGGGUUUUGAGAUGAGUUAGGUGGCGCUGGAAUUGGUUUUGAUUCAGUUUUGUUUUUGCGGUGAGGAUUUGUGUUUGUUUGGUGUAAGAGGCUGUACAAUUCGGUUUCCGGCGGCCGGGAGUGGCUGGCCGGAGACUGGGGCUUUGAAUUUUGGGGCUCAAUCUCGAAAUGUGGUGUGGUUUUUCGGGGAAUUGAGCGGUUCUGGAGUUGAAUUUGAAUUUGGGGUUUGUGGGGUUUUGGAGGUUUGUGGUUUUGGAUUUUAAGGUUUGAGCUUUUUGAAUUGGAGAGUUGGAAAUCAACUGUUUCGGUUUUGGCUGUUUGGGAAUUUGGUUCUGGAUUGCUUUGAAUUGCUUGUGUUUUGAUGGGUGUGUUACUCUGUGGUUUGUUGAUCAGUGUUUGAGAUAGGUGAAGAGUUUUCCGAUGGCGCCAACAAGGAGAGCUAAAGCUGUGAAACGGUAUUCAAAUGUGAGUGAGGCCUCCCCUGGUGUUGUCAAAAAUAAGCAAGGGAAGAGAAAGUUUUCCGACCAAAUAGGACCGCCGUGGAGCGAAAAAGAGCUUGAGCGAUUCUAUGACGCCUACCGGAAAUAUGGGCAAAAUUGGAAGAAGGUGGCUGCUGUAGUGCGCAACAGAAAUGCUGAGAUGGUGGAGUCUCUUUACAAUAUUUCCCGGGCGUACUUGUCAUUGCCAGAGGGCUAUUCUACUGUUGUUGGCUUCAAAGCAAUGAUGAAAGACCAUUAUAAUGCUAAUGCUAUGGAUGACAGUGAAAGCGAACAGGAAAGCAAUGAUGUUGUAAGAUAUUCCCGGAAACCCCAGAAACGUAAGCCCGGUAAAGAUAGCGUGUCAAAAGACAUGUUCCAUUCUCAUUUGGUUGCUUCAGCAGAUGGAUGCCUAUCAUACUUAAAACGGAGAAGACUUGAUGGUAACCAGCCUCGCGCAGUUGGGAAGAGGACACCUCGCUUCCCAGUUCAAUAUUCAUCUAAGAAAGAUGAUGGAGAAAGUUAUGCAUCUCCAUUUAGAAAGGGUCGGAAAGAGGCAGAUAAUGAUUAUGAUGUUGCCGAAGUUGCAGCAUUAUUAACUGAGGCUUCUCAUAGAGGAGGCUCUCCCCAACUUUCGCAAACACCAUACGUAAGAUCUUCUGUCCAGAGCUCCCAAAGAACGCCUCCACUUUUACGCAAAUCCCGUCGUGAUGCUUCAUUGGAAGAAGACUGGCUGGAAGGCAGUGUAGGAAGUAGAGGGGCUGAAACUGGAGAUUAUACCAGAGACAGUAGUUUCUUGAUGGAUAUGGAAGGUGUAGGCACUGUAGAAAUUAAUAGGAAGGGAAAGAAAGACAAAGCUAAAGACAUUAGAAACCAUCAAUUUGAUGAUGGUGGUGAAGCAUGUAGCGGAACUGAAGAAGGACUUAAUGUCAGUACCAAGGGAAAACUUGAUAUUGAAGCUUCAAAUGCAAAAGGAGAUCGGUUUUCCUCACAAGUUCGAAGGAAGGAUAAAUUAUACUGUGGAGAUGAUAGUGAACUGGAUGCUCUGCAAACUUUGGCUGAUUUGUCACUGAUGAUGCCAGCAUCCACAAUGGAAUCUGGACCCUCAAUGCAGUUGAAGGAUGAAAAAACAACCUCUGAAAUGGAAGAAAAAUCGAACAUACCUAAAUCCACAUCUACCAGCCAAUUUAGAAGCAAGAAUAAGCUCCCAGGGGGUAAAUUGGGAGAACCCAUAGCAGAUUCUCAAACAGAGGGUACUAAUGCCAAAAAGUCCAAACUUGCAAGAGACGUGACAACCGUUGAUAUCAAUGUUGUCUCUGAAUCAGAACAACCCCACUCUACCAGCAAAUCAUUGAGAAGGAAGCGGAAACCCUCAAGACUAAAGUUGCAGAUGUCAAAUGCAGAAGAAAAUAUCGAUCCUACUGUGAAUGAACCUUCAAAUUCUGAGGCCAUAUGUCAGGAAGAGAAUAAACCAGUGGUUAAGGGAAAACGUACUGGUCAAAUUUCCACUCCAUCAAAGGAAUGGAAAUCGGUCAGACCAGCAGACGGCUCUCUGAAUAGUGAUUUUGGGCAACCUGUGAGUAAUUUAAUGACAUCAACCGCAGAAAAUCUCACUGCAAACCAAGUUCAUUCCCGUAGUAAACAAAGAAGUAGACGUAAACGGUAUAUCCCCAGAUCAGCGGUGCCCAAGUCAUCUGAGAACAUAUUAAAAACUCAACUUCUUCAUAAAGAGUUCAACUCAGUGCAGGACAGAGUUCUCUAUCUCAAGGAGAAGAUGUCUUGUUGUUUGUCAUCACAUCUGGUACGUAGAUGGUGCACAUUUGAGUGGUUUUAUAGUGCGAUUGAUUACCCUUGGUUUGUCAAAAGAGAGUUUGAGGAAUACUUAAAUCAUGUUGGACUUGGGCAUGUUCCGAGGCUAACUCGAGUUGAAUGGGGUGUGAUUAGAAGUUGCCUGGGAAGACCUCGAAGGUUAUCUGAGCAUUUCCUACGUGAAGAAAGAGAUAAACUCAAACAAUAUCGGGAAUCUGUGAGAGGACAUUAUGCCGAACUCCGCAGUGGUGUUAAGGAGGGACUCCCAACAGAUUUGGCAAGACCUUUAUCAGUUGGACAACGUGUCAUUGCCCUUCAUCCCAAAACAAGAGAGAUUCACGAUGGAAGUGUACUCACUGUUGAUCAUGAUAAGUGCAGGGUUCAGUUUGAUUGUCCAGAAAUAGGAGUUGAAUUUGUCAUGGAUGUGGAUUGCAUGCCUUCAAAUCCAUUGGAUAACAUGCCAGAAGCACUUAAGAGACAGAAUGUUACUUUUGACAAAUUCCCUCUCACAUUACCCCAUCUGAAUGGAAAUUUAAAUUUUGAAAGACCUGUGAUGGAAGUUUCCAGUGGGCAUGUAGAGAAAGAACCCAGCCCCAUGAAUACUUCACUACAGCAUGGAAAGGGGGAUACAGACCACAUAAUUUCACAACCAAGAGAAACAUCUGUUGAAAUUUCUGGGUCACACACAGCGGGUACUCAGCCUGGUGUGGUGGCACACAAUCAAGCAAGGGAAGUUGAUAUUCGAGCUCUUUCGGACCUGAAUCGUGCUCUUGAUAAAAAGAAAGCAUUGUUGAUGGAGCUUAGCAAAAUUAAUAACAUCCUGGAAAACCAGAACAGUGGGGAAUGCUCUUUAAAAGAUUGCGAUAAGAAGCAUUACGCCACAGUACUUGUACAGCUAAAUGAAGCCAGUGGCCAGGUCUCUUCGGCUUUGCUUGGUCUGAGGCAACGCAAUACUUACCCUGUAAAUACCUUGCCUCCUCCGCUAAAACACCCAACGAAUUUCACUGUCUUCAGCAGCCUCCCUACUUCUUUUGAUAUAUCAAUUUCUCAAGAGUCAGGAUCCAGCGUUGCUGAAAUUGUAGAAGUUUCAAGAUUGAAAGCACAUACAUUGGUAAAUGCUGCUGUUCAGGCAAUGUCAUCAAGGAAGGAAGGGGAAGAAGCUUAUGUAAGGGUAAGAAGGGCUCUGGAUUCCAUUGAUAUUCAGAAUUGGACAUCAGACUCUAAGUCAGCAGUGACCAGGAUUCAUGAGCCGGUCAAUGGCACUUUGGGACUUCACAAUCAGUCAUCAGAGCCCAACCUUACUAGUGAUUCAUCUGGUCCCAAGUUACAUACUCAGACAGAUAAAACUGAAUCACGGAUGCUUUCGGAGGUUAUCACUGCUUGCGUCAUGGCUGUGCACAUGAUACAGACAUGUACUGAACGACAAUAUCCUCCGGCUGUUGUGGCGCAAGUAUUAGAUUAUGCAGUCACAUGCUUCCAUCCACGUUGUCCCCAAAAUGUUGGAAUGUACAGAGAAAUUCAAAUGUGCAUGGGCAGAAUUAAGACCCAGAUAUUAGCACUCGUGCCUACUUGAGUAUAUUAGACUCAUUGAUUUCUUGGUGUCAUUUGGAUUACAUAAGUUAUUACCAUCUGCCAGAAGCAACUCGAGAAUUGCUUGGUUAUUCCAAGAAACAUGUGAAUUAGAAGCACCUUCCUGUAUAGACAUGAGUAUAGAUUAGAGUAUCGGUUUCUACUUCUUGGUUUUUCAGCUCCCCUUUCUUUUGUAACCUGUAUGUGAUAUAUGCCUUGGGGCCAAAAUAAAUAGAUGGUGAUUAUUAAAAGAUGCGAGCAAUCAUCCCGCCAUUGAUAACUGUAAUUCAGUUAUGGCGAAAUCUUUUAUUCCUUUCUGAAUAUAUGUUGUAGCUUUCUCAUCUUGGUGUU